AUGAAAUCCAAAAUUGAUCCCGAAAAGGCUCCCGAAACCGUUGUUACCACAUCCGCAGACGCCGAUUAUCUCGUAACAUUCAUCACUCCUCAUGAUCCCAUUAACCCCAAAUGCUGGCCUACCUACCGGAAAUGGAUCACUACGCCCGUCCUCUCAUCCACUGGCUUCAACCGAAUUGCCGUUUCCACCAUCAUGGCUCCCGCACUCCACAUCGUGGCCUCAGAACUCCACAUGACUUCCCUUGAAUCUGUCAUGGCCAUGUCCGUUUACCUGCUUGCAACCGCCUUUGGUCCCUUGAUAAUUGGUCCUCUAUCUGAGUUAUAUGGACGACGCGUUGUAUUACAUACUACCAACAUGUGGUUUCUGAUAUGGAACAUUGUUUGUGGAUUUGCCCAUACGAAGGGGUUAUUGAUCGCAGCGAGAUUGAUGGCUGGCCUUGGAGCUAGUACUAUUUAUGCGCUAGGAGGUGGAGUUUUGGGGGAUGUGUGGAGGCCAGAGGAGAGAGGGAGAUCGUUAGGGAUUUAUUCUUUGUUGCCUUUAUUCGGUGCGGCUGCUGGUCCUAUUCUUGGUGGUUAUAUUACGGAGUUAUCAACUUGGAGGUGGAUGUUUUGGUCGACAUCGAUUUUUCAGGCCGUGAUGAUCGUAAUAUCCAUCCCAUUUUUUUGGGAAACGCAUGGUCCGACAAUUCUUCGACAUGAAGCCGAAGAGCUAAGACGUAAUACUGGAAAUCCGCAGUAUUAUACAGAGGUAGAAGCACUUGGAAAAGGACGAUCAGUUUCCUGGGUACUGAUGAGAAGUCUUUCUAGACCGGUUCGUCUACUUCUGUUCCAUCCGAUCAUCCAGAUCCAAGCUUGUCUGUCGGCGUUCAGUUAUGGCCUUACCUACAUUACCCUAUCUACCUACUUCGAUAUCUGGACUGGACAAUAUAACGAAUCCAUCUCUACAAGCGGUCUCCACUAUCUUUCCAUGUGUCUCGGUGAAAUAGUUGGAGCUGAAAUAGGAGGGCCGUUGUUAGAUGUCGUUUUUCGUAAAAUGAAAGAACGCGCUGACGGUGUGGAAAUGCCUGAAUUUCGCGUCCCGAUUAUGAUCCCGCCAGCUAUUCUUGUACCAAUUGGACUUUUCGUAUAUGGAUGGGCAGCCCAAAAGCAUACACAUUGGAUAGUCGUCGACCUUGAGGCUUUUGUUCUGUGUUUUGGUAUGCAGAUUGGUGGACAAGCAUUUUUAACAGCUUUUGGAUUUCCCUUGUUUGCGCCGAAGAUGUAUCAAGCGUUGGGAUAUGGGUGGGGAAAUAGUACGUUGGCGUUUGUAGCCAUUGCGAUUGGAAUACCAGCGCCGUUGGGUAUAUGGUGGUACGGUCCAAGAUUAAGAGCGAAGGCGCUAUCGAGUUAUUGA